AUAGAAGAAGACACGUGUCUACUGCGCAUGCCCAACAAUCCACGACACAAGCUUGAAUCCAUGCUCGUUUUGUUUUUCUUUUCCACAGCCAUUUGAAGUCUGGUUUGCGUUUCUUUAAAAUGCCACCAAAGGGCAAAGGUGGUGGCAAGGGAGCUAAAGGAGCUGCGUCAGGAAGUGCAGAUGCUGAGAAGAAAGAUAAAGCGCCUAAAGGAGGCACUGCUGUCAAGGUGCGUCACAUCCUCUGUGAGAAACACGGAAAAUGUAUGGAGGCAAUGGAGAAACUGAAGUCGGGAGUUCGCUUCAGCGAAGUAGCAUCGCAAUACAGUGAAGACAAAGCAAGACAAGGAGGGGACCUGGGUUGGAUGACGCGAGGAUCCAUGGUUGGACCUUUCCAGGAUGCUGCUUUCGCCUUGGCUGUUUCUUCCAUGGAUAAACCUGUUUACACGGACCCCCCAGUCAAGACCAAAUUUGGUUACCACAUCAUUAUGGUGGAGGGGAAAAAGUAGCAAGAAGAAACACUGACUGAGGACAUGCACUUCUACAUUGUGCUUUGAUGCAAUGUUUGGUAAAUUAUAACGUCUCGUUGUACACUACCAUAAUAUUUUUUAAUAAAAGCUUACCAGCGACGCUAACACAACUCAUCUUUGUCAAGUGACAAGAAUAUAAGUCUCUAAAGAUUAAACAUUAAGUUGUACACAAUAAAUAAGACCGUUAUAUGCAAGGUAGUGCAACUAAAACUAAUCAUGAGGCAUGUUUAUGUGGCUGUUCAUUGAAAAGUAAAAUAAAUAUGAUUUAUUAAAA